CAAACGCCUCGUCUUCAUCAAUUAUCGUUCUUUCUCUCUUCACCCAACAAUCUCUUUUUCUUCAAAGCUUCCAUUUGCAGAUGGAGAACAGCAACCCAGAGAUUCCAUGCAAGAUCAGAAAGCGGAGGUUCCCGACAACUUCUUCCUCAUCGUUUAUAAACAGUAAAUAUGUCGCAACUUUUAAUCGAGCAAACAGAUUCACUGCAAAAUGAGAAAUGUAUGAAUAGGUUGGAUCGGAGUACCUUCCAAACAGAUGAACAGGGGAUAAUGACAUUGCAGAAGUCGGGAGCUGAUAAUCGACUGCAUGAAAUGUACGAGAAAUCGAUUGCGAAUUUGAAUCGAUCUCGAAACAAGAGUCGCGAAUCUCCUUGUCGUGAUUCUGCUCCCGAGGUAAUAAAUCCACGCUAUGGUGGAAUGCCAUUGAUUUGUGAUGCCAGGCCAAAUGAGGGAAAACCUCGAACAUGUGUCAAAAUCAAUACCGAGACCAAGAACAACGAACACUCGGUGCCAAAAUCGACACAUGGAUUGGAUGAAAUCAAGCAUUCACUUACAAUAUCAAAAGAACUACUCAAACUUCUAACUCACAUUUGGACUGUGGACACGAAUCAUAACCACCAUCACCACCAUCCAACGAGCCUUUCCCUGGUUUCAACCCUAAAUCAUGAGCUCAACAAGGCUCGGUCACACGUGAAUAAGCUAAUCAAAGAACAAAGAUCUAUGGACACACUUUGCGAGUCGAAAGACCAAGACAAGGUUCGCUUAGCUGUCAAGACCAUAGCACAUGAAUUGGAGACCGAAAGGAAGCUCAGACGACAGACAGAGCGGAUGAACAAGAAAUUAGGUCGGGAAUUAGCGAAUACAAAAGCUUCUUUAGGAAAAGCGAUAAAAAAAGCCGAAGCCGAUAAGCAAGCGACUGAGAUGUUGGAGCAAUUAUGUGAAAAGAUGGCACAUAGUAUUGAGGAAGAUAGAGUUGAGCUUGAAGAAUUGAAGAAAGAAUCGGAAAGAGUUCGUGAAGAAAUGGAAGAAGAGAGAGAAAUGUUACGUGUUGCGGAUAUGUUACGUGAAGAAAGAGUCCAAAUGAAGCUCAUAGACGCAAAGUAUGAAUAUGAAGAUAAACACGAACAAGUAAAUGUUCUCGUACAUGACCUAGAACAAUUGUUGGAAGCCGAUAAUGGCAUCGACACUUUAAAAUCAACGCCUGAAGUUCUAACAUGGUAUCAAAGAAAAGUAAACAAGAGUGAAGAUGAAAACACCACCAGGAGGGGAAGAAAGGGUGAAGGGAUAAGUGGCGGAAAUACCCUUGUAGAGGGAACUAGGGAUUUGUCAUGGUAUGAUAACAUCAAGGGUGAAGUAAAUGAUGAAAUAACAAGCACACGGGACGAGGUCGUCGGGCGUAACUCAGAUUGCAUUGAGUGGGAAUUCGGACUAGACAUGAGAAACGGAAAUGGAGACUUGAAUGAGUGUUUGGAAGAGACGGUUUUAGGGUUUUCUUGUUCAUCUACGAUGAAAGAGUAUGAAGAUGAAAUGGAAAGAUACAAAUUGAUCAAAGAUUUACGUGAUCGUAUAGUGUCGUGUUCUGAUCUUUCUCGAGAUACUCUCGGGUCCGGGUCUUAUAUAUAAGUUGCCUUGUAAAUUAUAUUACAUGUAAGCUCAUGUCUUUGACAUGAGAAUAUACCACAUCUAUUGAGUAUAUGAACAACAAUACAAUUACAUACCUCAUAUAACAUCAAAGGGUUUGUAAAUAAAAUUGAAACAAAACAAAAAACCAGAA